AUGCCUCAGGGGCAGAAGAGUAAGCUCCGUGCCCGUGAGAAGCACCACCAGGCCCGGAGGGAGACCCAGAAUCUCGGGGGUGCCCAGGCCCCUGCAGCAGAGAUAGAAGAGUCGCCCCCCUCCCCCGCUUCUGUUUCUCAGGGUACUCCCCCGAGCUCCCCUGGUGCUGGCACUCGCCAGGAGCCUCAGGGAGCCCCAGCCACUAGCUCUCAUGCUGCAGGGGUUUCAUGCCCAGGAUCUGAUGUACGUGCCAAGGGCCAGGUUAAGGCCAGGAAAAAUUCCUCCCAGGCCUCAACCUCUGAUGAGAGCUCUCGCAGAGAUCCUCUAACGAAGAAGGUGGGAAUGUUGGUAGAAUUCCUGCUGGAGAGGUAUAAAAUGAAAGAGCCCAUUAUAAAGGCAGACAUGCUGAAGCUUGUGAACAAAAGGUAUAAGGGGAAGUUCCCUGAAAUCCUCAGGAGAGCUGCUGAAUGCCUGGAGCUGGCCUUUGGUCUUGACUUGAAGGAAGUCAAGCCGAGUGGUGAUUCCUAUACCCUUGUCAGCAAGGUAGAUCUCACCGAUCAGGGGAGUCGCAGCAGUGGCAGGCGGUUUCUGAAGAAUGGGCUCCUGAUGCCUCUCCUGGGUGCGAUCUUCUUUAAUGGCAACCGCACCUCUGAGGAGGAGAUCUGGAAAUUCCUGAAUAUUUUGGGUAUUUAUGAUGGAAGGUGGCACUUAAUCUUUGGGGACCCCAGGAAGUUUAUCACAAAAUGUUUGGUGCAGGAAAAGUACCUGGUGUAUCGUCAGGUGCGCAACAGCGAUCCCCCACGCUAUGAGUUCCUGUGGGGCCGGAGAGCCUGCGCUGAAACCAGCAAGAUGAAAGUCCUGGAGUUUGUGGCCAAGGUCAAUGGUACCGUCCCCAGUGCCUUUCCACUCCAUUAUGAAGAGGCUUUGAGAGAUGAGGAAGAGAGAGCCCGAGCCAGAGCUGCAGCCAGGGCUCCUAUUCGUGUCAAGGCCAGUGCGCGUUCCAAGGUCAUGUCUAGCAGUUCCUCCCACCCUCAGUGA